UGACCUUCUGAAAGUGGUCCAUUCCUGCCCAGCCGGGUCGCUGCUGCCGCCCAUCUCUCUCUGAACGAAGACUGAGCUUUUUACCCCAGACUGAAGCUUUCUCGUCUCCCCAACAUCUGACGUUAGAAGUGCAGGAGAUAGAAAUCGCAAUGCAAGCAUGAUGUGAAGAUCUCUCCGAGUCGCUAAGUUAACCGGGAUUUGAUUGCUAUUAACCACAGAUGGAAUAAUAUUCAUUUGUUCUUGUCUGCUUCAGAAUGUUUUAAAUUGCAAAAACAUGGAAAUAUACCAGAGAGAGCGUGUUCCAGUGAACUGAUUGUGGAAACAGCUUCAACCAGUCACAGGGCCUGAAGAAGUAUUGCACCAUUCUGUGUGGGUAAGGACUGUACACGUUUGUGCAUGUCUGUACGUGAGAGAAAUUCAACAGCUGAUUGUCGAAGCCACAGCCACACGGGAACAUCCUCGAUAUGGAGAAACCAUGGAACUGCGAGGACUGUGGGAAGGGAUUCCAUUCGCUGUCAACGUUGGAAUUUCACCGGCGCGGUCACACCCGGGAGAAGCCGUUCACCUGUUCGGAAUGCGGGGAGAGAUUUCCGGACUCGGCCUCCCUGCGCAAGCACCAGCGCGCUGCCACCGGAGAGAGGCCGUUCACCUGCUCGGAGUGCGGGAAGAAAUUCCGUGAGUACUUCACCCUGGUGAGACACCAGCGAGCCCACGCCGGGGAGGACCCGUCGACCUGCUCAGAGUGCGGGAAGGUGUUCGCUCAGUUCUCCAGCCUACGCGCGCACCAGCGGAUUCACGACGGGGAGAGGCCGUUUAGCUGCUCUGAUUGUGGCAAGGAGUUCAGCCAGUCGUCGAACCUGCUGAGACACCGGCGAAUCCACACAGGAGAGAGGCCGUUCCGAUGCUCCAAGUGUGGGAAGCAGUUCAGAGAUUCGUCCGCCCUGCAGAAACACCAGCGAGUUCACACUGGGGAGAGGCCUUUCCUCUGUUCCGAGUGUGGGAAAGGAUUCACUCAGUCAUCCAGUCUUAUCAUCCACCGGCGGGUGCACACCGGCGAGAAGCCGUGGAAAUGCGGGGACUGCGGGAAGGGCUUCAACUACCCAUCGGAGCUGGAGAUCCACCGGCGGGUGCACACCGGCGAGAGGCCGUUCGGCUGCCCGGCCUGCGGGAAGGGCUUCACCAAGUGCUCGGCCCUGGUCACUCACCGGCGGGUGCACACCGGCGAGAGGCCGUACGUCUGCGCCUCCUGCGGCAAGCGGUUCAAGCAGUCGUCUGAGCUGUCGGUGCAUCGGCGAGUCCACAACGGCGAGAAGCCGUUCGCUUGCGCGGACUGCGGGAGGGCAUUUGCUCAGUUAUCCAGCCUGCUGAAACACCAGCAGAUUCACACCGGGGACAAGCCGUUCGUUUGCGCCGAGUGCGGGAAGGGAUUCGCCCGACCCUUCGGCCUGGUGAAACACCAGCGGGUCCACACCGGGGAGAAGCCGUUCUCCUGCUCCGAGUGCGGGAAGCGCUUCACUCAGUCGUCCAACCUGAUCUCGCACCGGCGGGUCCACACCGGGGAGAGGCCGUACACCUGCUCCGAGUGCGGCAGAGGCUUCAGUCAGUCCUCCUACUUGCUCAUCCACCAGCGGGUUCACUCCGGGGAGAGACCGUACAGCUGCCGAGUGUGCAGCAAGGGAUUCUCUCAGACGUCUCACCUCCUCAGGCACCAGCAGGUUCACACCGAUGAGAGGCCUUUCAAGUGCCACGACUGCGGGAAACGCUACAAAGGUUCCGGAGAACUGAAAUCCCACCGGCGCAGACAUCACUCCGACAAGAGACCGAACAGGGACUCGGGAGGGAAGGAGUCGCAGACGGGACGUGCUGGCUCGCUGAAGCCCGCUGCCCGAGGAGGCGCCAAGCCGUGGAAGUGCCCGGACUGCGGCAAAGGCUUCAAGGCGCCCUCCGAGCUGGAGAGGCACCGGCACAGCCACACCGGCGAGCGGCCGUAUGCCUGCGCCGAGUGUGGCAGGGCCUUCGCCGUCUCCUCCUCACUCCGCAAGCACCAGCGGGUCCACAGCGACCGGAGGGACUUCGCGUGCCCCGAGUGCGGCGGGCGCUUCAAGAGCCCGGACGUGCUACGGCAACACCGGAGCGUCCACACCGGCGAGAUGCCUUACGGCUGCCCGGCCUGCCCCAAGGCUUUCCGCACGGCCUCCCAGCUGCGGACGCACCGCACGGUCCACUCAGACGAGCGGCCGUACCCCUGCCCGGAUUGCGAGAAGCGCUACAAGAGACCCGAGGAGCUCCGGCGCCACCGGCGCGUCCACACCGGUGAGCGGCCGUACCCAUGCGGCCAGUGCGGGGCCAGCUUCCGCCGCUCCGCCGACCUGCUGCAGCACCAGCGGACCCACACCGGCGAGCGGCCGUACGCCUGUGCCGAGUGCGGCAGGGCCUUCGCGCAGGCCGCACACCUGAGGAGCCACCGGCGGGUCCACUCCCAGGAGAGGCCCUUCCCAUGCCCGCUUUGCGCCAAGCGCUUCAAGAGCCGGCAGGAGCUGGCCUGCCACCGGCGGGUGCACGCCGACCUGCGGCCCCACCGGUGCGCCGAGUGCGGGGCCGGUUUCAGGCAGUCGGGCGACCUGGCCCGGCACCGGCGCACCCACACCGGGGAGAGGCCGUUCGCCUGCCCCACCUGCGAGAGAAGCUUCGCUUUCCUGGCCAACUACAUGAGGCAUCAGCGGCUCCACCCGUAGGUUCGUGCCAAUACCCUCCUCCCUUCCCCCCUCCCCCCUCA